AUGAAACUUCCCUUAUCAUUGCGGCAGGAGAGGAUCACAGGUGAAUGCAUUUCGGAGGUGAUGGGGAUUCGGAGGUUCUUCCCCACACUCGCCAUAACCCUCUCCAUACUCUUCGGAAACGGAAACCCCGUUCUCAGCUUCGACGGCGGUGGCAGCCACCAGAAGCAACAACCUACUCUGUGCCAAGAACUCAUUAUCCCCUCCGGUUACCCCUGUUCUGAAUAUACGACUCAAACCAAGGACGGUUUCUUGUUAGGUCUUCAGCGCGUCUCUUCUGCUUCUUCUCUUCGUAUUGGGAACGAUGCAGGGAGAGGUCCUCCGGUUCUGCUUCUGCAUGGCUUAUUCAUGGCUGGUGACGCUUGGUUUCUAAAUACUCCAGACCAAUCACUUGGCUUCAUACUUGCAGAUCAUCGUUUUGAUGUUUGGGUAGGAAAUGUGCGUGGAACACGCUGGAGCCAUGGGCAUAUAUCUUUGUUAGAGAAAAAUAAGAAAUUCUGGGAUUGGAGCUGGCAGGAAUUAGCCCAGUAUGAUGUUGCAGAAAUGAUCAAUUACAUCAAUUUAGUAACAAACUCAAAGAUAUUUGUAGUUGGGCAUUCCCAGGGGACAAUUAUAUCUUUUGCUGCCUUCACUCAACCGGAGAUAGUAGAAAAGGUUGAGGCAGCAGCUCUUCUAUCUCCAAUAUCAUAUUUGGAUCAUAUCAGUGCACCUUUUGUACUUAGAAUGGUUAAGAUGCACAUUGAUCAGAUGAUUCUUUCCAUGGGUGUUCAUAAACUAAACUUCAAAAGCGAAUGGGGGGCCAAUCUCUUGGUUUCCUUGUGUGAUACCCGCCUAAGUUGCAAUGGCAUGCUCUCAACCAUAACAGAGCUGAGAUCUGGUUACAUUGAUGAUGGCCUUGUAAAUCAAUAUUCAUCUCGUGUGUCAUUAUUCUUAAUGGUUUUCUCUGAUGACCUCGAUUGUUCACCAGUGAUCCGCAAAGGUACCUUCUCCAAGUAUGAUUAUGGAAUGCUAAAAAAUAUGAUAGAGUACGGCAAGUUCAAACCACCUAAGUUCGACCUUAGCCGUAUACCCAAAUCAUUACCUCUGUGGAUGGCUUACGGUGGAAACGAUGCUUUAGCAGAUAUAACCGAUUUGCAGCACACACUUAAGGAAUUGAGAUCCACACCGGAGGUGAUUUAUCUUCAAAACUACGGUCAUGUUGACUUCAUUUUAAGCUUGCAAGCAAAACAAGAUCUCUAUGACCCUAUGAUUAGUUUUUUCAAGUCAACCGGAAAAUUUACUAGUAUGUAA